GUCUCAACCGUAACGGCCACAAUCAUCGCCCAUUGACUUACCCUCCUGUUCCCCCCGACAAGCUCGUUGUCGAGUUCUGGUGUCACUGAAGACGCCGGUGGCGAAUCGACGGCGUGACGCAUAUCAUGCUGGCAUUUUCUGAAGUCCACAACGGGCUAACGUGAGUGAACCAGUCAUUUUAAGGCUCGAACGCCUAGACUCAAAAGUGCUUUAGUCUAUGGCGCCAUCGGUGCAUGUAUGUCUUGGGCAGCAUCGAUCGGGGGGGGAAGCUCUCAACCGCUCUGACUUUUUGAAAAUCACCAAGUACGACGUAUUUGCCACCUGUGCGAUGGCGUUUCUCGACAAGUUCAAUCUCGAUCGGCCACCUAUCCAUCUGUAUAUUUUGUCCAAUUUGACCGACUGGAUCAACAUUAUUAUGGAGUACAACGUGGCCGACUACGCUCCCCAUGCACACAAAAUACACGAGAAGGCGUUGCAACCACGCGAAGAAGUAUUUGUCGCCUAUACUGUCAUCACAAAGGGCCUAUGGCUUCACGAGUCCUACACCAUAGACUACGAACUACUACAACUACAUGGACUCACGCUUCAAUACUAG